AUGGAUGAUCAAAGAAGUGACAGAUCUAUUAACCCUGAAGAUGAAUUAAGUGUAUCAAAUAUAUCAGUUCAAAGAUCAGAUUCUGAAGAAAAGUGGGAAAGACUCACAAAAAAACUUAACAAGACAUCAAAAUCCAAAAGGAAAGCUAAAAGGGACAAGUCUGCCUGGAAUUUUCAAAAUAAAAUAAUCUUGUUUACAGUAGUUCUCUUCAUUAUCGGUGUAAUAAGUUGGACAUUGUUGUGGCUUUUUAUUGUUGAGGCAGAAAACAAAGAUGCUUUGUAUUUUGUUGGACUGUUUCGUGUUGCCAACAUUGAAUUUCUUCCAGAAUAUCGGCAGAAAGAAUCUAGGGAGUUCCUUUCAGUAGCACAGAAUGUGCAACAAGUGAUGAAUCUGGUGUAUACCAAAUCUGCUUUCUCAAAAUUUUACAAGCAAUCCAUUGUCUCUGAUGUCAGCAAUAACAACAAUGGGGGACUCCUUGUCCAUUUCUGGAUUGUGUUUGUGGUACAACAGGCAAAGGGCCAAAUAUUUUGUGCAGACUGUGUUGCAGCUAUUUUAAGAAAUUCAAUUCACACAAGCAUCACCAAUCGAACCUCAGUAGGAAGUCUUCAAGGCCUUGCAGUGGAUAUGGAUUCCAUUGUGCUUAGUGUUGGGCUUCGAUCGGAUUACUCUUCAACAACAGGAACAGGUGCAAACUGCAUCUAUGACCUGCAUGCAGAUCGUUUGCAUCAACAUUUUCCAUUGGACUUUUUGGAAACAUCAGGAAGGAUGAUCUGUUAUUUUAAACUGAUUGCAUUGGUUGGCUACUUAAUUCGCCUUUCUAUAGCUUCCAUUCGGAUUGAAGCAGACAACUGUAUUAGUGAUUCAUUGACCAUUUAUGACUCCCUAAUGCCAAUAAAGAGUAAGAUAUUAUAUCGAAUAUGUGAACCUUCCAAUUCAUUGAUAUCUUUUGUUUCUACAAAUAAUAUGAUGUUAGUUAUGCUGAAGUCAACACAAGUGAGGCAAAUGAAGGAAUUUCAUGGCUACUUUGAGAUCAUUCCACAAGAAA